AUGUUCAGAAAGCUCCAUUCCAUCUUCCACCACGGCCCACAGGGGAAGGCAGCAGCCGAGCGCCCCUACUACGCGGGAGCGAGCCCCACUGUCAGGCUAAUUCGUAGCAGCUCCAUGUAUGUGGUUGGGGACCACUUUGAGAAGUCCAGCGAGUCCUUAAAAAAGUACAGAAGCACCCACAGCAUGGACACCAGCCUGCACUACCUGCAGCAGGAGGACCGUGCCUGGAUGUACUCGCGCACCCAGGACUGCCUGCAAUAUCUUCAAGAGCUGCUGGCCCUGCGCAGGAAGUAUCUCAGCACCCUGAGUGACCUGAGGCCGCGCAUGCAAGGUGAUGGCUCCACCUCCUCCAAGUCCUCCAAGGGAGCACAAAAGACCCCAGGAGAAGGCAAAAAAGCAGCCUCAAAGAAAUACUCCCAGUUCAGCACUGACGUGGCCGAGGAUGCCUUCUUUGACUCCAUCAUCGCAGAGCUAGAGACAGAAAAACGGCCGAGGACGCUGAGGGACCUGCCUAAUGAAGAUGUGGACUUUGAUGUGGCCACCAGUUCACAGGAACACAGCUUGCACUCCAACUGGAUUCUGCGGGCGCCACGCAGACAUUCCGAGGCCAUCGCUGCUCACGCCACUGCAGACAGCCGGUGAAGGAGCACGGAACACAAGGUCACGGGCACCCAGAGGAGGCUCGAGAGACACCCCAUUUACCUGCCAAAGGCUGUGGAAGGGCAUUCAACACCCUGAAAAUUUAAGCCCAAAGCCCACAAAAAAGACCUGGGGAGCUCCAGACAGAUCCUCCGCAGCUUCUCCAGAGAAGACUUGGAGUGGGAGGAGAGUUCUUUGCACAGCAGUCCCCCGGCUCUUUGGAGGAGGAUCAUUUGA